UGUUUUUCUCGUUCUUAUUCUCAUUUUCUUUUUAUUUGUUUCGGAAUACACAAGUUAAGUGGAGUGAUCACUUUGUGUUUGUGAUUAUAAUUUUUAUACUUACUUUACGAAAAUGUGGCGAAACGUUAGCAAAGUUGUUCAAUUGCAAAAAGCCAAAUUUGCUACAUCUGCUGUACCGGCUCCUCAGACGAAACCGGAAAUAUUAUACACUGGGCUUUUUAUCAACAAUGAAUGGGUGAAGUCUAGUGAUAACAAAACGUUUGUGACUGAGAACCCUACCACCGGAGAGCCGAUAGCAGAAGUGCAGCAAGCGGGCAAGGCUGACGUCGACAGGGCCGUCCAAGCUGCUAAAGAUGCAUUCAAACUAGGAUCACCAUGGAGGCGCAUGGACCCUUCGGAGCGUGGUCGCCUGCUGUACCGCCUGGCCGACCUCAUUGAAAGAGACAGGAAUUACAUUGCUAGCUUAGAGACGCUGGACAACGGCAAGCCAUUCCUAGCAGCCCACUACGGAGAUGUGGCGGGCACCAUCAAGAACCUGCGCUACUACGCCGGCUGGGCCGACAAGAACCACGGGAAGGUGCUGCCCAUUGACGGGAAAUACAUGGCCUAUACGAGGCACGAGCCUGUCGGUGUGUGCGGUCAGAUAAUCCCGUGGAACUUCCCGCUGCUGAUGGCGUCGUGGAAGCUGGGCCCGGCGCUCGCCACCGGGAACACCGUAGUAUUGAAACCGGCGGAACAGACCCCGCUCACAGCGCUGUAUGUCGCGCAGCUUACUAAGGAGGCCGGUUUCCCCGAGGGCGUUGUGAACGUGCUGCCGGGCUACGGGGAUGCGGGCGCCGCGCUCGUGGACCACCCUCAUGUGGACAAGAUCGCCUUCACUGGCUCAACAGAAGUGGGCAAGUUGAUCCAGCGCAACGCGGCCGGCACAGUGAAGCGUAUCACGUUGGAAUUGGGUGGGAAAUCGCCUAACAUCAUCUUUGGAGACGUGGACCUGGAAUACGCGGUGGAACAAUCGCAUAUGGCGCUGUUCUACAACAUGGGGCAGUGCUGUUGUGCCGGUUCCCGCACAUUCGUGGAAGACAAGAUCUACGACAAGUUCGUGGAGAUGUCGGCGGCGCGCGCGCAGCGACGCAAGCUCGGGGACCCCUUCAAGCCGGACACGGAGCAGGGACCACAGAUCGACGGCGAGCAACAAGGCAAGAUCCUGAGCCUGAUCGAGAGCGGCAAGCGGCAGGGCGCCACGCUCGUCACGGGCGGGAACAAGGCGGGCGACAGGGGGUACUUCGUGGAGCCUACAGUGUUCGCCGAUGUCAAGGAUGACAUGGACAUUGCUAAGACUGAGAUCUUCGGCCCCGUGCAGCAGAUCAUAAAGUUCUCGAACGUGGAGGAGCUGAUCGAACGCGCCAACAACUCGGAGUACGGGCUCGCGGCCGCCGUCUUCACUAAGGACCUGGACCGGGCUAACUAUAUGAUACAGGGUCUCCGCGCGGGCACGGUGUGGGUGAACGACUACAACGUGUUCGGCAACCAGGUGCCCUUCGGCGGCUUCAAGCAAUCCGGCAUUGGUCGUGAGAACGGACCCUACGGUCUCAACAACUACACUGAGGUCAAGGCCGUUAUUACCAAGGUCACUGAUAAGAACUCGUAGAUGAUUAGUGUGUAGGGAU